AAGGUGAUGUGAGGUAUGUUGUCUGCCACAAUCAGAUAGCUAGCAGACUAACGGUGCAUUUUGGUUGAUACCUAAUGUUAAGGAGUUGGACAACGCUUUCCUAGCUAAUGUUAAUGAUUGAAAGAGAAAACAUCUCACACUUAUUGCAUGACUAUAGAAAUGUAUGUUGAUUGUCAACAAACUCAGUUAUAGUAUACCUAGCUAGCUAGAAAAAAUUAGCUAUCCACUUGUAGAGCUAACUUAGCUACUCGAGCUAGUUGCGAUGGAGUUGAGAAGUGGUUGUUUUAUGUAUUAUUAGCCAGUCAAAAACGCAUCAAACGUGAUGAAGGACCGGUUGGGUGAAUUAACCGCAAGCAGGACACAAGCAGAGGAGGAUGUCACAGUCACAGUUGACAGUGAUGGAUUUAUGGAAGGGUUUUUCAGAAGGGUGGAAGAGGUUAGGGGGCUCAUUGAUAAGCUAUCUUCUGAAGUGGAGGAGGUGAGGAAGAACCACAGCAUGAUCCUGUCUGCACCCAAUACAGAUGAGAAGAUGAAAGAUGAACUUGACCGGUUGACCAAUGAGAUCAAAAGCAAUGCUAACUCUGUGAGAGUUAAGCUAAAAUCUAUGGAGCAGAGCCUGCCCAAGGAUGAUGUUUCUAACAGGGCCUCGGUUGAUUUCCGUAUUCAGAAAACCCAGCACAUGGUGCUCUCCAGGAAGUUUGUGGAGGUCAUGAGUCAGUACAACAAGACUCAAGUGUCGUUUAGGGAGAGAAGCAAAGGAAGGAUCCAGAGACAGCUGGAGAUAACUGGGAGAGUGACUAGCAAUGAGGAACUGGAGGACAUGCUGGAGAGUGGCAACCCAUCCAUUUUCACAUCUGAUAUCAUCUCUGACUCUCAGAUCACGCGCCAGGCCUUGAAUGAGAUUGUGUCACGGCACCAGGAUAUCAUCCGCCUGGAGUCCAGCAUCAGGGAGCUCCAUGCCAUGUUUAUGGACAUGGCCAUGCUGGUGGAGAAUCAGGGGGAUAUGGUGAACAACAUAGAGAAGAACAUCUCCAACGCUGCUGAAUACAUAGGCCGUGCCAAAGAGGAGACCAAAAAAGCUGUGAGAUACCAGAAAAGAUCCCGCAGGAAAUUGUUCUGGCUUGCCAUUUGUAUGGCACUGGGUCUCCUCAUCUUAAUCAUCAUAAUAGCAACAAUAUUUGACUGACCAUUGAGAGGCCCCACUGUUCAGAACAGCAGAUGAGUCUACAGCAGUUUCUCACACCUUUGGGACCAAGUUCCAGUCAUCAUACCCUGCUCAAUGUUCAACUACUCCUCCAAUACCAAGAUGGGCAUUUCACUUCUCAGAGGACAAUAGAUCCAGCUGUAUCCACCAUGUUAUUAUACUAUUACACGUCUUGACUCCAUGUAAUGACUGAGUCAGUGGCCUUGGCUUACACAAUUUCACAGAAACCCUAGGGUUCCCAGAGCCACAGUUACUCCUAGGAAAACACCCCCUCUUGCUGCAAUAAUACAGGGUUGCCUUUUUUACUGUCCGUGCAAGUAACUAGAAUGAAGUCUCUACAGGACUGGCAUAGGCUACAUGUCAACAAUGACUACCGUUGCAAACUACAUGGACACACACAGACUCUGCCUUUAUGGCAGCAGUAAAGGGAAUGCAUAGGAAGUAGAGAGAUGUCACUUUCAAACUUUACUGAGCAGAAUGAUUUUUUUGUACACCAUCAUUUAUACGCUUUAAAGUGAUUCAUUCCUAGCUCUGUGUUAAAAUAUGUAAUUUUGUUUAUUUUAGUCUAACGAUCAGAACAAGAUGAUUUCAUACAACUUAGGUGUAACAAUUUUUGCCGUGUGAUGAUCAUGACUGAAUGUGCUUUAAGAGAAACAAACACUGUAGUACUUAAGUGUUCUAAAUAAUAUGUAUGAAAACUUUGU